AAACAAUUGAAGCUGCAUACAAAAAAUUUGUCAGUAGAUUUUUACACGUGUUUGGAAUAAAAAAAACUCUUUCUAUAUUUUGUUACAGAAAAGAAAACUGAUUGAGAAUGGUGAAAAAACAUCUUAAUACAGAGGAUGACUGGGAAGAAUAUGAUGUCGGGAGAACAGAUAAAACCAUAGAAGAUGACUUGGUUGAGGUGAAAGAGCGGGUGCUGAAGUGGACUUUGAGUGCACCAAAAUUGACAGCUUCUGCCUCGAUAGGUAUUGUAAGCCCAGAUGAGCGACAAAAGUUGGGCUACAAUUUCUUGGCGCUCUGCUCUCUCGGCUACCGAUUCAACCACAAGUCACAGUGCAUAGAGUGCACAAUGUGUAAUUACUCGUUCCACAAAAACGAGUUCUAUGAUUAUGACCUACAUUGCUUGCAGGGAUCCAAAGGAAAAGGAGUCCAGUGCCCUGUAUGGCUCAAAGGAGGUUUCACAUUGAACCCCCGGGAGACUCAGAUGGCAGCCAGAAGCAAUGGAACAGCCAUUGAGCCGACAUUCGUAUUGUCCUCCACUUUUUACGAUGCCACUGAGCAGAAGAUGCACGUAGACGAAACCAUUACUGAGAGCGAUUUCGAUCAAGAUAGCAUCGAUCUGGAUAGCGAUCAGAUCAUUUUUUUGGUACACAAUGGACCGAAAGAAAACUUAGAUGAAUCAGAAAUGGCUAUAAACCUAACGGAAGACGAUUCCGAAGAAAGUUUUCAGUUUUUGUCACGAGAAAACAGAGAAGAUAGUCUUGUGAAGCUUAACCUCUGGUCUUGUUUUACGCCUACAUUUGCCAUAAUUUUGUCGUUGAUGGGUUUUUACAGCUUUUCCGAUACGUUGAAAAUGCUGAAAUGUUUUUAUUGCAAGUUUUUGAGCCCUGAAACAUCAUUGAGAACUCUAAUUCGAGCACAUUCUGCGUUUUCGCCGCGUUGUUGUUACGCAAAAUUUGUGGACAUAUCGACAGAAGAAACCAGUCGGCCAGAAGAUACUGCGGCCCAUUUAAUUGCAUUCAACAUAUUCAACAAUUUGAAAACUUUCACGGACAGAUGCUUUCUGUUGUCCGAAGCGAUAUGCGUCGAGGCAGCCGCCUGUGGGCUUCGGUUUCGACCAUUCACGUAUUCGGUCAUAUGCACGGCAUGUGACUUCGAAGCAGAUCUCGAAGAUUCCGAUCAGAAUCGCUAUUUGACCGAGAUGCAUUUAAAGCAUAAUCCUAAGUGUCUCAACUUGGGAGAUAGUGUACAUAUGGAAAUAGGACGAAAACAAAAAGGGAUUCAAUUUUUUCUGGCUCCCCAAAAUGCUAAAGUACUUUCAUGUGCAUAAGUAAAACAAAACUAAAAUCCAAAUGCGGUUUUUUAAGUGAACUGUUUUUUGAUUAGAUCAACUUGGACGUUCAUUAGGACUAUGUUCUAGCAAUACAAACACGAAAAAAUCUCCAACUCAGAAAAAAUUUAUGGUUGUACGAAUUCCGAAAGAAAUUAUUUUAGUUUUCGCUAAAUAAAAGAGCGACUUCAUUCAUGGUCUGGGCUAUCCACUAAGCAAAUUACAUUUCUUGAAUUUGACAUUUAAAAAAAUUAAAUUGCUAAUUCUUCAUCUAUCAUUUUGGUUUUUCAAGCUAUUUGUGGAACCCAUGAGAUUAUUGAGGAAAGGUUUUGCGACAUUUCUAGAUUUUCCCCUGUAGAGGCUGACCGAGUUGAAAAAAAAAGAUUCCGAGGACAAAAAAUGUUUCCACACACCUCAUGAAAUAUAAAUAUGUUUGACAUUUUUUUCUAGUUUUUUUAUAGUAUGGAAUUGCAUGAUUAUACUUGAAGCUUAUACAGAUCAAACAAACCAUCUGUAUCUGAAAUGGUACAGUAUGGACUCGGUGCUCAUUAAAUUGAUCUUUGAUUCUUUCUCCUCCAGCUAUUUUUUGUCUAAAUAUUGUAGAUUGAAGCAACGAUAGUCAAUUUUAAUUCGAGGUACCAAUAUAUGUGGCACAAUAAAUACUAUUUUUGAAUGCUAGCCCACAGUUAUUUAGUUGCGCUGUUUGUAUACGCCGGCAUUUUGAGGAGUCUAAAUUUAACCCUGAUCUAGCCACUAUAAAUGACGAGUUCUUCGAGAGACUCAUCAAGCUCCCCUUCUUUUCGUACCUGAAUGACUUGAAAUGUGGAUCAGCAAAAUUCGAUGAAUCCUUACAUUCAUUAAGCACAAAUUUAAAAGCCAACUCAAAAUCUAAGACGAAAUUGCAGCUUUUACAAAAAGAAAAGAACGCAAACUACAAUGAGGACAUCACUAAGCAAAAUCAUGAGGUGGAAGCUGUUAAAAAAGAACCAGGGUCCCUUCAGGAGUCAUCCUACUUCGGUUCGUCGAGUUCAAAUGCAAAUACUUCUGUAACUCCUCCUCACAGUACACCUGCUUUUCAAGAUGCUGAUUACACUAGAGUAAAAAGCGUGAAAAUUCUUGAUUCUAAAGUUCCAAAUACUCAUUUUAACAAAAACGAUUUUGUUAUGAUGAUGGCAUCACGUGACGUGGACAAAUUUGAAGAGUUGUUCCUGAGGAUUAGCGCAAACGCUUUUGCCGUUUCCUCCCCCGUCUCUUCCCCUGAAAAACUCAACAAUUUGUUCAUGCGGGAGGUGCUGGGUCCACUGACUAUCGAGGAGCGCCAGGCGACUAGCAUGGUUCGAAAUACCGAGGAGUCCGGACUAUGUUCGGUAUGUUUGCAAAAGGAGGCGAAUCAGGUUUUGACCAUGUGCGGACACCUCAGCACUUGUUACGAGUGUGUUUUACAGGUGAGUUCGUGUCCCAUCUGUCGCGCAAGAAUAACAGGUGUAAUGCCUGUUUCUCUUCCUCGGAGAUACUUUAAAACAAAGAGCGACUUUUAAAUCGACUUUCAAAACAAAAAGCGACCAGUGUUUGAAAGUUCUCUCGGAAGUAUUUUUUUCUUCAAAUUUGAUAAAUUUUAUGGAAAGAUCUUAUCACCUUCAAAUUUAAAGGAUCUUAUGGAAGGAUUUUAUUAUUCUGAAAGUUGAAGGAUGUUAUGGAGAGAUUUGAAGAAAAUGAGCUGACGAAAUGAAUGAAGAUUGUGCGAAUGUCCAACUUAUUUCAAUCAGUACACCCAACGAUCCCGUUCCCACAAAACUUUUUCCACAAAACCUCCACUAUAGCUUGAGAUCAAAUACAACGCUACCACGGUUGAAUUUCACUCUUGUUAUUUCCAUGCACUCAAUUAAUCCUCAGUUACUGAAAAACUAUUCAAGAUGAUCCAAAAAUUUAGAACAAAUCCAGUCAUACAAAAACCAUACCAUAUAAAAACUCGGAAACAGAGGCGAACUUUUUGCAGAAACGACAAAAGUUUUCUUGGUUGCUUCGGCUGGCAAGAAUUUCAACAUUCAAUAGACCCCCUAUUGAGUCAACCCCUCCUCCGAUCUUACUUUGCUGAGUGAACAGUCGGAGAGGACCUCUCAAUUUAUGAUUACCUAUUUUUACUAACUGUAUUUUUUCUAAUUAACUGUUUUCUAGUACUAUAUAUCCUACUGGAUUCUAUUGUUUUACUAUUUUAAUAUUUACAAUUUAACAUUUUUUGUAGUUAUACUAGCCCUAGCCUUACUUAGAAAAUAAUUUUACUAAUUUCACUUAUAGAAAAAAAAGAAACACUAACUGUCAACAUUUUAUUAGAUUAACGACGGUUUGUUAGUUUGUUAGCUAUUUUCCUGAUAAAUCACCUUGAAAAAGACGACAAGUUCUAAAUUGACUUUGCAUGAUGUAAAACUUCAAUGAGCCGAUGUUUCUUUUGUACUCAUUUUGCUAGCAAGCAACCAAAAAUACUGAAAAGAAAACAACCUGAAAGCAGAGAACCUCAGCAAAAUGCUUGUUAGAAAAAUCAAGUGGCUAAACAAGAAAAUUCUUAAGCGUUAUCAACAUCAUUGAUGUAUAAAAACAAUAGUCUUAAACUUAAUGACGUGUGCCAGACCCGUACAAAAAUCUACGAUGUUGCUAUACGCCAACAAAAAUAGUUAGAAAGUUCAAACUUUGCGUUAAUUAUUCGUGCAGGUAUCUUGUUGUAUUUUGAGCCAUAUACGUUUUUAAAACUAUUUCAGCAAACGCUUAGCAAUUUUAGGCCUCAGAUUAAUAUUUGUCUUCUAUAGAAACCGAGGCUAGCCAAAAGCCUCCAUUGCUUAUUAAAGAAACUUGGCGUACUGUGAUGACUGUAAACUUGUAAAAUUUGUAGCUUACGUAAUUUAUAUUCAAUAAUCUGUUUCACAUUUAUUGUAGAAUGUUGUAAGAGCAAACUAAACCAUAAUACGAUAA